GCGCUCCUUUAUCAUCAAGUUACUCAUCACACUAUAAAAUCAAUCAGGCAAUCUCUUUGAGCGCUUAUUGUGUCAAUAGUUUCCCAGAGGAAAGUGCAAAUUCUUUCAGGAUGAACAAGUUGUCGAUGAUCUUCGCAGUCGUCGUCGCUCUUUUCGGAGCUUCCCACGCCUCCCCGUACGGACUGUACGGCGGCGGUGCCAUGACCGGUCAAUCCCAGCUCGCAAUGCAGGAAGCUCUGCUGGCGUUUCGGAGCACUUGCGUGGAGGUGAGCGGCUCGGACGCAGGUUACCGGAAGACCAUCAGCUCGCUGACGCCCGCCGUACAGUGUAUGGCCGAAAGCGUCGACAUGGUGCAGUUUUCGAUGGAUCUUCACAGCGAACCGGACACCGCCGAGGCUCGCCAGGCGAUCAUCGACAAGUACUGUCCGGCGUUCAACGAAUCCGUGGCGUGUUUCGACGACGUGCUCGAGGGAGUGGCGAUGUGCAGCAACGAUAAGGUCAGCACGAUUAAGGGCAUGUACAAGCAGAUGAUUCACAAUAUGAUUGAUCUGAUGUGCAAGAACAAUGGGCAGCUGUUGCUAGAGGCUCGCACCCCAGAGUUCCGAAGCUGUCUCCAGCUCGUCAAAGCGAACGUACAGCAGUGCAAGGUGUCGGAAAUUAUUAGAACUAGGCCGAUUUCUCAGUUUGGUGAAGAAGGAUGCAGUGAGCUGAAGCGAUCCAAAACGUGCAUUCACGAGCAGGUCAGUAGUUGCUCUUCUACGGCGUACGAGGAUAUUUUCGACGCAAUUUUCCAGCCCAUCGCAGAUACGGCAAACUGCAAGGUAAAACUAGAAUUAAAAAAUGAAAGUACCUUCUACAAGUUCCUGCCGCUGCUGCUGUGCGCCCUGUCGGUUCCCCUGUCCAUGUUCAUGUGGAUCGGCAACGUUGCCUACUCAAAGAUUGCCAGCGAUGAGGAAAACGUAAUCCCGCCAGCGCGGUGGCUGUUCUCGAUUCUGGUCCCGCUGCUGCUCAUGCUGUACGGUCUCAAGCGCAAGGGAGUCAACAAAUCCGGAGCCAUCGUGGGUCUCCUGUGCGCCACCAUCCUGUCGAUCGCCUCGCACGCCUUCCUGGCCUGCCUGGCCAUGUUCUUUUUCAGUUCGAGUCGCGCGACCAAGUUUCGUGCCCAUCUGAAGCGCAAGUACGAAGAGGAUUUCCGCGGCGGAGAAGGUCGCCGAAACUGGGCACAGGUCAUCUGUAACGCCGGCUACGCGACAACUUUGGCAAUGCUGUACCUGCUGGACUGUGGUUAUGGCGAGAGGCCUGUCGAUUUUGGGCGGUUUUAUCGGUGCAGCUGGCUCGGCGUUGGCAUUAUGGGUGCCUUCGCUUGUUGUAACGGAGACACGUGGGCUAGCGAGCUGGGCGCGGUCCUGUCCCUCGGAGACCCGUUUCUGAUAACGACGUGGAAGCGCGUUCCGCGUGGCACUAACGGUGGGGUGUCUCUGCCGGGACUGGUGGUCAGCUUUCUGGGUGGAAUCGCCGUCGGCCUUUCGUACUACCUAUCGAUUCGGUACACGCUGGACGCGAAGAUUCUCGCCAACAGCCCGAACCAGUGGCCAAUCAUCGUGUUUGGAGGAGUGGCCGGGCUGCUCGGAUCGUUGGUGGAUUCCGUAAUGGGCGCAACGGUGCAGUACAGUGGCGUGGACGAAGAGGGUAAGAUUGUGGAGAGGCCCGGGAAGAACGUGCGCCACAUUUGCGGUGUUCGGAUUUUGGACAAUCACAGCGUGAACCUGAUCAGUGCCAUCGUUACGGGGUUGGUUAUGCCGAGCAUUGCGAUGCACUUUUGGAAGUUUUUCUAGGUGGGUGAGGGAAAGUCUCGUGCUUCCGUGAGAUUAGUCAACAUUACAACACUUGCGAUCGACUAACAAUCUCAUAAUUUAAUAUCUUUUAAGUCUGACAGCAAUUAAAAUGGGCAUGUAUUACGGUUUAGUUAUGGAAAUAGAGGUGCCUUACUAGGUUUUGUUACUUAAAAUGUGCGUACGAAUGUAAUUGUCAAAAUCUUUCAAUUGUAUACUGAUUUUAAGUUUUACUCCUUACACAUUUGUACUAAUUAAAUGAGCUUAAAUUAA